GUAGUCACAACAUCCCUUUGUCACUAAGCAACAAGAAGUUGACCUGCUGAGAUGCUCUUUCUCCAGAAGUAACCUCAAAAAGACAAGAGGAAAGUUUGCCUUUUCUGCUCGUUUCCCAGAAAGAUGCAAAGUGCUUUAGUAGGCUCCUGGCACAACAGUGGCUUCUAUGGGCACUACAGAGGCCAAUUCAAGAGUGAAAGUGCUCGAGAAUAUCGCCUUGCAGCCAAGCCCCAGCCCCCAGCAGUGUUCCUGCAGCGCUGUCAGGAGCCAGCGCAGCAACAUUUCUUCUCCAAGCAUGACAACCGCACUUCCUUUGACAAAGGCCCCUACUGCCUGCUACAGGGAAUCGGAAGGCGGAAAGACCUGGAGCGCCUGUGGCAGCAGCACACCUUCCUGCGCUGGGCACCCUGUGAACUGGAGUUGCGCCAGCCACGGCCCCUUGAAUCCUCCUACCAGGCUGAUUUCCGGUCAGGGCCAGGACUCAGUGACCUCCCCCAGCGCCUUGCCCACUUUGUGCAGAUCCAGCCUUCCCGUGCCAGCACCACCUACCAGCAGAACUUCUGCCAGCCAUCCCGUGGUAGCCAUUGUGGCAGUGACAACAUGGGGCCCCAGGCCCCAGUCACCAACACACUGCCUGACCUCCCAGGGAUCCCAAGACCCAAGCUGCUGCAGCAUUACCUUCAUGCUGGGGUCUCUGAGUGUCUAAACUGGUCCAGAACAUUAAACAAGGACAGCUAACUCAGUGGCCUGUCUGUGCUUGCAGCCCAAGAGAUCUCAGAGGCUGGAGAACAGUAAGGCACAGCCAGGCCCUGCGCCUGGCUCCUAUGUUGCUUGUGCCAUGGAGCCUUGUGCAGCCUUGUGCUGGUUGGGGGAGGUGCUGCCUGGGGAGUCUUGCCAGUGAGUGAGAAGAGGUAAGGCCUGCAGGAGGCUAAUGGUCCAGGAAGGUUACCUUGGCCACAGCAGGUGGGUUCCAGGACCCCAAAUCCAUUCUUGCCACAAACUCAACUGUGAACCCCUUGCAAUCAGUACGGCUGCAGGGAAAGCAGAGUCAAUGGUCCCUACUAGUGGGCAGCAAAGACUGGAGGAGGAGGCAAGGGCUGGCAGCUUUGCUUUUUCUGGGAUGCUACUGCCUCUAGGGGUCUGGUGAGUGGCAACACAGUCAUGCCUAAGAGACAGCUUCACCACAGCUGGGACAGAGGGACAGCCCCCACUGGACACACACCCCGCCCCCGCCACCGGAGGUGAGCAGAGGCUUUGAGGAUGCUGUGUGAUGUGAAUCUUGAGGUCAUCCUGAUCCUAUGGUAUUUUGUUGCAGUUUUCUGAGCUCUUCUAUGGUCUUGCUGUGAGUGCCCUCUAACAGCCAGGGCAAUAGGGGAUGGGGGGUCAUCCUACGUCACCAACAGAGAACUGAGGCUUAAGUGGGACUAAGACACCAGGACA